AGAGCCGCCGGGCAGCAAACUCCUCCCCGGGACAGGCCGGCACAGAGCCCUCCGCACCCCCGGGACUGCGGUGCCAUGAUCAUCCAACACCUCCUCCUGUUCCUCACCCCGUCUCUCUCGCCGUCUCCAUGCCGCUCUCUCACCACUUUCCUCCAGCUGCUGUCGUUGGCUGCGUCCUCUGCGGACCCUCUGCCGGCCCCCACGCUCUCCGUAGCUCCGAGGUAUCAUUUCUAUUACGAAGGGGAACAGGUCACUCUGAGCUGCUUGGCUGCGACAAAGAGGACAGUCGGCGGGUUUUGGUUCUUCGAUCAAAGCGGGCAGCAAAUCCACUCAAGACAAUCUUACUCCCUCAAAACGGCCUCGUUCAAGCUCACAGCCACAGCAGCAUCUGCCGGGGAGUACACGUGUGUGUACUUUGUGGAGGACGCGGGACAAGAGAUUCCGUCCAAUAGGAGCCUUCCUCUUUCAGUUAAGGUUCAGGCUGCUCCCACGGCCCCAACUUUAUCCCUGGAUCCUCAGCAGCAGGUCUAUAGACCCGGGAGCUACGUCAAGCUCCUCUGCUCCAUCCCUGCACCCUCAGGUGAUGUUAAAGAAGUGCAGUACUAUGCGGAUGUUGGAUUUGCAGUCUCCAUCCGGGUAUCGAACGUGAAAAUCUACAGCUACAACCUCAGCCUCACGGGAGAGGAGCUCUCUGGGUCUUACAGUUGUACCUAUUCUGUGAUGAAGUCUGAACGUCCUGUUCGCUCAGAAAGGAGCCGUGUUGUCCAUGUCAAUGUGAAAAGUCAUAAAAUCAGCUGGAUUCCAGAGAUCAUUGUUGGGGCUUCAUUCUUUACCAUCAAUGGACUCAUCUUUUUCUUCUCCCAUUGCCUGAUGAAGAGAAGAGAGGUCCAAGGCUGAAGAAGAGCCACUUCUGAUGCUGCUGCUUCCCUCCCGUGCAGAUCUGAAAGAACAACUCCAGAGGGAUUAACGAGAGGACUGAGAAGCAGCCCGUGCAGGUUUUGCUCUAUUACCUGGGGCAACCGGUUCCCCCAGGCCCUGCUGACCCCCCGUUCCCUGCCUCCGAGUCCCCACGAGGCAGCAGCGGGGCGCGUUCAGCAGCACUGCUCGGGCUGCUCCUUUCCUCCGUGCAGAGCCCUGCGCCUUCCAGCUCGCCUCGGGCCCCUCUGAAU